CCUCAUGUUCACUUCACCUACCUACUCGCACUCACAUUACCUAUACACAACCCUCCAAUCAAACAAGUCUUUAGCAUUUUGUGAUUAUUGUAAUGUUCAAUUGGUAACUUGUUUUGAAUGAUUCAUUUUCAUAUAAAUGACCCAAAAAGAAUAAAAAAUUCCUUGUAAAUAACUUAUCAGAAAAAGGGAUACAGUGACUAAUCUGUUCAAAAAAUUAACUUGUCCAUGGUGAUUCGCAGACUAUCCCUUGGAUCUUUCUUACCCAAAUAUCAAAACCCUAAAAAGACUAGUGGGUUUUCGUAUUACUAAUAAAUCUUUAUAUUUUAUUAAAAAAAUUUGUUCAUAUUGUUGACUUGACUUUUGUGCCUGCAAUAAUUAACUUGUGAAAACCCGUCCAUCUGGGUUUUUAUUUAUUUAUAUAUAUUUUUAUUAUUUAUGUAUCUUUUUAUAUGAUAGAAAUUAGAUGAUUGUGUGCUAGUGGUGGUGUUUAUAAUUAAUCAGAAUAUAUAAAUCAUGUCUGUAUAUAUGUAUAAGAUAAUGCUAGGAUAUUAAAUUUUCUACCAAAUGAAUGAUCAAAUGUAUGAGACAUUUGAUCAUUCAUUUGGUAGAAAAUUUGGGCCCAUAGCAUUUUCCAUAUGUAUAGCCUUUGAUUGUGUUUCGGGCUAUUGACAAUAUUGAGGAUGAGCUGGCAGCCAGUCAUAUCAUUGUGUUGCACCUAUGUCUAUGGAUGAAGUCAAUGAGUGUAUGGGUAUAUCAUAAAAAAACUUGCUUCUGAAAAAUUCUAGUUGUGAACAAGAAGACUGUAUGAAAGAAUUGGCUGGUUCAUUGUAAUUCAGUUAGUUCAAGAAUAUAUACAAUUCUCUCUUGAAUAAUGGGUUCAAGAAUUCUUGUCUACCUGCUGGUUAUUUCCAUCCAAAUUUUCAUUGCAGCAGCGGAUCAGACAAAUCCUCAGGACUCUGUUGCUCUAAAGGCUCUCAAAAAUGCCUGGACGAACACACCACCCAGUUGGGAUGGGUUAGAUCCAUGUGGCAGCUGGGAUGGAAUUCAAUGCACCAAUUCCUAUGUCACAUCUAUUCAAUUAGCGAGCAUGGGUGUGACUGGUCAGUUGACCGGAGACAUUCAGCAGUUGUCAGAAUUGCAGAUUCUGGAUCUCUCAUACAACAAGGGUUUGACAGGACCUCUUCCUACAGCAAUUGGAAAUUUGAAAAAGUUAACAAACCUAAUCCUGGUUGGUUGCAGUUUCAGUGGUCUCAUUCCAGACACAAUAGGAUCUCUGCAGCAGCUGCGCAUACUGUCUCUUAAUUCUAACAGCUUCAUUGGACCAAUACCGCCUUCAAUUGGUAAUCUAUCAAAUCUUUAUUGGCUGGAUCUGGCUGACAAUAAGCUUUCUGGAACUAUCCCUGUCUCUAGUGGGACCACACCUGGUCUGGAUAUGCUGGUUAAUACGAAACACUUUCAUUUUGGAAAGAAUCAGCUCUUUGGUAAAAUUCCAUCUCAACUCUUCAAUUCAAAGAUGACUCUGAUACAUGUGCUUUUUGAUAGCAACCAGCUAAGUGGAAGCAUCCCUUCGACACUUGGACUAGUCCAGACCUUGGAGGUGCUACGCCUUGAUAGGAACUCAUUAAGUGGACCUGUCCCACCAAAUAUCACCAAUCUUACGCAUAUCAGUGACCUGUACUUGUCUAACAAUCAACUGACUGGUCCCUUGCCCAAUCUUACAGGCAUGAAUUUUCUCAACUACAUGGAUUGGAGCAAUAAUACUUUCGAUGUAUCAAAUUUUCCUCCAUGGCUUUCAGCCUUACAGUCUUUGACAACAUUAGUGAUGGAAAACACAAGACUUCAAGGUCUAAUUCCAGUUGCUCUCUUCAGCCUUCCUCAGUUACAGACUGUUGUAUUGAGCAACAAUCAGCUUAAUGGCACUUUGGAUGUUGGCUCCAGCUAUAGCAACGAACUGCAACUUAUAGAUCUGCAGAACAAUUCCAUAGUUGGCUUUACACAGAGAGCAGGAUUCAGUAUUGAUUUAAUACUUGUAGGGAAUCCAGUUUGCGGGGGAACGGGGGGGACGGAAACAUAUUGUGUCAUUCAACAAUCUAAUUCCUCAUAUUCAACACCAAAAAAUUGUAUCCAAACAACAACCUGUAGGUCAGACGAAAUUUCCAGCCCCAACUGUAGAUGUGAAUAUCCAUACACGGGCACCCUAUUCUUCAGGGCUCCUUCAUUCUCUAGCCUCGGAAACGGAAGUAUUUACAUCAUUCUCCAGAAUUCUCUGAUGAAUUCUUUUCAGUCCCAUCAACUGCCUGUGGAUUCAGUUUCUCUGAGUAAUCCAUCUAAAAAUUCAGAUGAUUACUUUGUGCUAAGCCUGGAAGUUUUUUCAUCUGGCCAAGAUCAUUUCAAUCGAACAGGGGUCUAUGGGAUUGCAUUUGUCUUGAGCAAUCAAACUUUCAAGCCUCCCAAAAUGUUUGGACCCUUUUUCUUCAUUGGUGACCCGUAUAGUUCUUUUGCAGAUUCUGCAGGAACUAAGAGGUCAACAAAUACUGGCAUAAUUAUCGGAGCGGCAGUUGGUGGUUCUGUCCUUGUGAUAUUGUCUCUCCUUGUUGGAAUUUAUGCUUUUCGUCAAAAGAGAAAAGCGGAAAGAGCUGAUAAAGUGAACAAUCCUUUUGCUUCUUGGGGCCCAAGUAACAGCAGUGGUGGUGUUCCUCAGUUAAAAGGAGCUAGGUUUUUCUCAUUUGAAGAGCUUAAGAAAUACACAAACAAUUUUUCAGAAGCCAACAAUAUUGGAUCUGGUGGAUAUGGGAAGGUAUAUAGAGGAACUCUUCCCACUGGGCAACUGAUUGCCAUCAAAAGAGCUCAACAAGGAUCGAUGCAGGGUGGUGUAGAAUUCAAAACUGAGAUUGAGCUUCUAUCGAGGGUACAUCAUAAGAAUGUUGUCAGCCUUCUGGGUUUCUGUUUCGACCAAGGAGAACAAAUGUUGGUGUAUGAGUAUGUUCCAAAUGGUACACUGAUGGAGAGUCUUUCAGGGAAGUCAGGAAUCAGAUUGGAUUGGAUGAGGAGGCUUCGAAUGGCCAUUGGAGCAGCAAGGGGUUUGCAAUAUCUCCAUGAGCUUGCUGACCCUCCAAUCAUACAUAGAGACAUCAAAUCAAACAACAUCUUACUGGAUGAACGCUUGAAUGCUAAAGUUGCUGAUUUUGGCCUCUCCAAGCCUAUGGGUGACGCAGGAAAGGGUCAUGUUAGCACUCAAGUCAAGGGGACAAUGGGCUAUUUGGAUCCUGAAUAUUACAUGUCCCAGCAGUUGACUGAGAAGAGCGACGUUUACAGCUUUGGAGUGCUACUGCUAGAGCUGAUAACUGCAAGACAGCCAAUCGAGAAAGGCAAAUACAUUGUAAGAGAGGUGAGGAUGCAAAUGGAUAAGGAAAAAGUUCUAUAUAAUCUUCACGAGAUUCUUGACCGAGCCAUUUUGGGCACGACGCUGAAAGGUUUAGAGAAGUUUGUGGAUCUGGCAUUGAGUUGUGUUGAAGACGAAGGAGUUAAAAGGCCUACAAUGGGUGAGGUGGUAAAAGAGAUUGAGACCAUUAUGCAAAUUGCUGGUGUGAACCCCAAUGCUGACUCAGCAACCUCUUCAGCAAAUUAUGAAGGGGCAAGUAGGGAACACAACCAUCCUUAUGGCGACGAGACUCUCUUUAGUUAUAGCGGGGCCUUUCCUCCUUCGAAGUUAGAGCCCCAGUGAGGUUAUUAAUUUACAUUCAGCCUUGUGAUAUUUUUUGUGCUGUGUGGUAAAGAUCCGAACUAUGAAUUGAUUCAAAUUCUUAGCUCUUUCUCUCUCUUUUUGGAACAUUCUUAACUUGUGAUUACGGUACAAGAGGUGUGUAAGAAAAUGAUACAAAAUCAGGGUACUUGUGUACAAAUUGUGCAUUAAUAAGAUCUUUGUGAUUUUUAUUUUUAAAUAAGGUAGUGCUUUCUGUUCCAAGCAAA